AUGGGAUCGCACUCGAAUGGACUCGAACCAGAAAUUAGGGAGGUGUGGGCCGAAAACCUGGAAGAGGAGAUGGCCCACAUUCGUGACAUCGUUGAAGACUAUCCCUACAUUGCCAUGGACACUGAAUUCCCAGGGAUCGUAGCGCGACCUAUUGGCAAUUUCAAGAGUCCCUCCGAGUAUCACUACCAGACGCUGCGCUGCAAUGUGGACCUCCUCAAGAUCAUUCAGCUCGGGCUCACAUUUACGGAUGGAGAGGGCCGCCUCCCACCAGGGGUAGCCACCUGGCAGUUCAAUUUUAAAUUCAGCCUCACUGAGGACAUGUACGCGCAGGACUCGAUAGAUCUGCUGACGAGGUCGGGGAUCAACUUCAAGCGACACGAGGAGCACGGCGUCGACGUCUCUCACUUUGGCGAGCUGCUGACGAGCUCCGGCAUCGUGCUCGACGAUCGGAUCAAGUGGAUAUCCUUCCACAGCGGCUACGAUUUUGGCUAUCUGCUCAAGAUCCUCACCUGCAAGCCGCUGCCAGCACAGGAGGAGGAGUUCUUCGAGCUCCUCCUCGCCUACUUCCCCUGUAUAUACGACAUCAAAUAUUUAAUGAAGAGCUGCAAGAGCCUCAAGGGCGGCCUCAACGAGCUAGCCAACGACCUCGAGGUGGAACGGAUUGGACCGCAGCAUCAGGCGGGUAGUGACAGCUUGCUCACGAGCGCGACCUUCUUCAAGAUGAAGCGGAUGUUCUUCGAGAACAAUCUCGACGACUCCAAGUUCCUGGGUGUGCUCUACGGCCUCGGACACCCCUACAAGGCCGGCGGCUACGAGCAGCAGGUCUGA